AAAAAAAAAUAAUAAAAAAAAAAAUUCGCGGAGCAGAGCACGCUUUGCGUUUCAAGUUUCAACUCUCCCUUCUCUCUCUCCUCUCUUACAAAAACGGCCGACUGCGACGCUGACGCCGCCACGCCGGUGGUCUCCCAAUUCGCCUUCUUCGGCAGUUCGGCUUCACGAAUCGCGAGUGCGCGACCCAGUAGGCCAGUACCCACGGACUUCGAAGUUCGAACUCAUUCGCAAAUCGCAGCUUCAAGCUUGUAAGUUAGAGUGACAGGAAAUUAAGCAAAGAUGGUGAGUGGGUUAAUAAAUGCAAAUCCAACAGUCUACGAGAAGAAAGAACGUCGGAUUCGCGAGCAGUUGCCUGUUGUUGGCGACGAGUAUGCUGUUGAACCAAUUGAUGAACUUGAGAUUUUUGAUCAUAUUAGAGACAUAAAAGAUCCAGAGCAUCCAUAUUCGCUGGAGGAGCUGAAAGUGCUAACAGAAGAAUCUGUUGAAGUAGAUGACAGACGUAGCCAUGUUAGAGUAACAUUCACACCAACAGUUGAACAUUGUAGUAUGGCAACAGUUAUUGGUCUGUGCUUGAGGGUGAAACUCAUGCGUAGCUUGCCUUCACGUUACAAGGUUGAUAUUAGAGUGGCUCCAGGAACCCAUGCCACUGAAGCUGCAGUUAAUAAACAGUUGAAUGACAAGGAGCGGGUAGCAGCUGCUCUGGAGAACCCAAACCUUGUGGAUAUGGUUGACGAGUGUCUUGCUCCUUCUUACGCUUGAAGCCACCGAAAAUGUUGUGAUGUACUACUAGUUUGCUGUAAAUGUCUCCAAAAUUUUGGUUUUUUUGGUAGUUCUUUCUAGAGUUGUCUAGUUGAGAUGCUUUUGUAUCUAUGAUGUCGCUCAUUGUUACUUUUGAACCUUCUAUUUAUGCUAGAAUCAAUAAACAUCAAUAUACAUACUCUUAUUGAAGAAGAAAAACCUCCAGUGACUUGUAUCA